AUGGCAACUGAUGCGAAGAACCCCUAUGCUUUCCCCUUGCAACCAGAGCAAUAUGCUCCAGCUCCUGUGCCUUCGUUGGCAGAAUGGAAGCAGCUUUGGCAUGUCUGGGAACUUGUUACCACCAAGAUGAUACGCCCAGAGGCAUUGAUGGAACAGCCUAUUCCUUUGAGAAACCCUCUAUUGUUUUACCUUGGCCACAUACCAACAUUCCAAGAUAUCCAUCUGACACGAGCGACCAAGGGCAAACCGACUGAGCCAGCUUAUUAUCAUCAAAUAUUUGAGCGUGGUAUAGAUCCAGAUGUUGAUGACCCUUCCAAGUGUCACGAUCAUAGUGAACUCCCAGACGUGUUCCCAAAGUUGGAAGAUAUCCUGCACUAUCGCGAGCGCGUGAAAAAGCGAAUUGCAUCGCUCUACGAAAACGGGAAAGCGUACCUAGACCGGUGCAUUGGACGCGCUCUUUGGAUAGGAUUCGAACACGAAGGCCUUCACGCUGAGACAUUCCUCUUUAUGACAAUCCAUAGCCAGAACAUUCUGCCUCCUCCAGAUAUGCCCAGACCUGAUUUCGCAAAGCUCGCAAAGGGGGCUGCUUCGCGACGUAUCCAAAACCCAUGGUUUAAAAUUCCCGCACAAGAAUUCACCAUAGGCUACCACGACCCUGAAAGCGAUGAGGGACCGGAUCGUUUCUUUGCGUGGGACAACGAACGUGAGCCGUACAAGGUCCGAGUUCCCCAACUCGAAUCACAAGGUCGACCGGUGAGCAACGGCGAGUACGCAAAGCAUCUGUUCAACAUUAAACAGUCUCAAAUCCCGGCAACAUGGCACAAAAUGCAUAAUACCGGAGAGGACGAAGACUUCAUCACGUUCAUCGCCCGUCACAGCGUUAAAACCGUUUGGGGCCCCAUCCCUUUGACACAAACACUCGACUGGCCCGUGAUGGCCUCUUUUGAUGAGGUCAAGCGAUAUGCUCACUGGGUUGGAGCUCGCUUACCGACACUUCAUGAAUUGCGCAGUAUCCACGAAUAUGUCGAGCGUGGACGGAAGGCACCAGAGAGUCAAGUCAAUCAUCGAUUUCACACAGACCCUCGCGCCAUCUUUGUUGACUUGACGGAAACAAAUUCUGGAUUUCAGAAUUUUAAUUCUACAGGCAUCACGCAUAAGGAUUAUCUCUGCGGAUUGGGUGAUACCGGAGGAGCAGCUGAGUGGACGGGGUCUUUGUUUGAGCCGCAGCCUGGAUUUAAGCCAAUGGAUAUUUAUCCGGGAUAUAGUGCCGACUUUAUGGAUGAGAAGCAUAUGGCAGUGGUUGGAGGAAGCUGGGCGUUGCACCCACGCAUUGCUGGUCGAAAGAGCUUCUUGAACUGGUGGCAGACAAAGUAUCUAUGGCCAUGGGUGACAUUCCGCCUUGUACGAGACGUUGAGUAA